AAAUUAUUAAAGAAUUUGUUUCAGUUAAAGUUUAAAGAUAUUUAUACAGGUUGUUUUAAUCGACUGCAGUAUAUCAUAGGGUUAGUAAAAUAUGAACAAGAAGUGGGCAACUAAAAGGAAUUAUGGAAAUAUAGAAAGAAUGUCAUUUUAGUAGAUGCCAUAUUAGAUGUCAUAUUGCUGUUUUGUUAUGGAUACUACCCUACCGAACAAAUUUGUAAAACUCAGUGCUUUUGAUGGCCACUAAAAGAAAGUGUCCAUGCGGCUGUGCUUGUUUAUAUUGGUGCUAUUACCGUAUGUCUUUAUGGCUGUCAUCAUUGAUUCCUACUGCGAGUCUUCAAAAUUUCAGGUGGACCAAUAUUUCCAUCUAAACAAAACCAUCAAUUGCAGUGUGUUUAAUUACACAAUACAGUUGUGUAAUGCAAAAUAUAGUAAUAAAUAUUGUAGAUUUGAUCAAUGGAAAAAGGAUGAUAUGGAAGAAUAUCAUUGCUCUGUAAACAGCACCAAGUCUUUAAUCAAGUGUACAUUAAACCUUGAUGGCCAAACUAGGCCUGGUCGACUUGUUAUAAAGAAUAAGACUAACGAUUUUCUUGGAAGAAAGGAGAAUUUUAGUUCUAAAAAAUGUUUUUGUGGUUAUAAUUUCAAAUGGAAAAUGAAAGUAGCCAGGCAUGAUAGAAAUUCAGCCAUGCUAACGGUGACUCCAGAAGAUCCUAAAGAUUUUGAGAAAGUUGAUUUAAAUGGUACGUAUGGAUUAGACAAUACUACAUUGCAUUCAUUCACACAAGUGUGGCAACAGGAUAGUAAAUCAUUACGCUUCUUUCUCAAGAACCUGCAAGUGUGCUCCACUUACGUUGUGCAAACAAAAAUUGACAGCAAAAUGUGUAAAUUGAGACAAGAAUAUAGUGAGCAAUCUAUAAAAUACACCUUUUUACUACUGUUACCAAGGCGACCCAAAAUAUAUAAAUGCAUGUAUUCUAAUAAAGGCGACUUAAUGUUUAAAGUUUUAAACAGCGUGGCAUUAGAUUUUCAGGCCACCUAUUCAGUUUUUGUUAACAAUGUGCGUGCAAGAAGUGGCAAUGUAACAGGUUCAACAGUCGAUGUUAAGGGUAUGGCUAAAUCCAUUAAAAAUGUAUUUGUUAAAGUUUCAACAUGUAACCAGUGCCAGUGCGCAAAUGCAACAAUGGUUUGUACCUAUUUUGAAGAAAGAAGUCUUUACUUGUGGUGGAUUUUAUAUGCUGUGACAGGAGUUGCCUGUUUUAUUAUCUUGGUUGCUAUCAUUGUUUGUUGUAAUUGGAGGAAUAAAAAAAGGGAAAAUGUGGUUAUCAGGCCAAGAAAUCAACCUGAAAAAGUAGUAUCAAAUGCACAAUAUGUUGGCGAACACAUAUAUGAUGAGAUUUGCAAUGUACCAUUGGCUAAUAUCACACAUGAGCAAUCGAGUUUUACUAGUAUAAGCUAAAAGUUGUAAUUAGUUUUCUGUUGUUCAUUAAAAAUAUCUGAUACAGUAUUUGACGUUUAAGGAUGCAGGUUUAUCUACUAAUUCUAUUUUAAAAUUUGAAAGUAAUACAUCCAAUAUAGAUGUAUAUAGUUGAGGUUUAAGAAUACGAAGUUUGCCAAAAAAGCCCGAUUUGCAAUACAACUAAAAGUCUUCUUCAGCUUCAGCAUGAUGUAUGUUUAUAUAAGUCUCGCAUGAAAAUAUUACUUCAUUAGCUCUUAAAAGUCAGUAUCAAAACAAAAGCAGUGUGUUCUUGUUCAACUUUCAAGUUUGAACUUGAAUUUAAAGUAAAUACAAUGCAAGCAGUACCUCAGUCAACGUAUUGUUAGCAAUUUUACAUAGUUAGUAGGUUAUUGAUACAGAUUGGCUGUAUAUAUGUGACGUUUGAAUACUAUAAUUUUAUUUUGCUUUUUACAUUAUGCUUUUGCGAUAUUUUGUUACAUAUUAUUUUUAUUGUGUAUAUUUUUAUGUAUUUUUAGUUUUGCCACGCUAAUCAGUUUACUAUGAUUGCUGAACUAGAAAAUUUUUAACCCUUUUUUUCAAUAGAUCUAUCCUUUUUUUAAUACUGUCUUCUUUAAUUAAACUUAUCAUCUAAAGUUUUCAUCCACAAUAGAUGUAGCAGUUGGACCAAUCUGUUUGGAAGCCAUCUUAUCAAAGAAGAAGGAUAUUCUACAAACACAUUUCAAUUAUCGAUUCCUGCGUAUGAUAUAUAUCUAUGUUUUAUCGCCUACUCGUUUUUGCGUAGUAGAAAAAAAAUUAACAGCCCCCUAUUUUAUCCAACUCCCCUAAGAGGUGGUUAAUAGGGUAAUUAUUGUAUGCUAAUAAAAAAAUUAUUGAUUCAGCAGAUAGAGAAAUUUUAAAAAUGUUGGAGAUUUAUGAUUUUAACGAAUGGUUAUUAUAAAUAGCAUCCUUUGUCAGACAUUUUGUCAUAUAUUUAUUGAUUUAUUGGAAUCUUGUAUUAAAACACAAUAAAAAAGUUGAUGAAAUAUGAUCAGCUGUUGAGUAUGUUUACACUUUCCGUUGUUUAUGUAAACAUUUGGUUUACUCUUUCAGUGUGUUUUAAUAAUUAUUUCAGUUUCUUUCAUUAUGCUUUCAUUUCCAAUGGUUUCCUUUCAAGCUAUGUUUUGUGAAUGAAAAUAGCCAUUAUAUUAUUCCGCUGGACUAUUAUAGAGUUUAUUCUUUGUUUUUAAUGGAUAGUUUAAAGCCAGACACAUCAAAGAUCGACUUUUUAUGUCUAUUACUUAACAUUUAUUUUUAUUCUUUAUAAGUGAAUAUACAAACUGUUAUUUAAACGUCAUCCACAAAACUUAUGUAGUUAAUUUUAGUGAACUUAUAUGAGUGUUGAUGGUUUUUUUAUGGAUAAUUUUUGAGGUGAUAUUAUAAAAGAAGGAAGCAAAGGUUGCAAUUUCUUUCUGUUUUAUAUCUCCUUCUAAUUGAGUUAAUUGCAUUUCAUUGCAUCAUGAUUGGUCGAUAUAUCAUAGGAAGGGAGUUACCUAUAUGUCUGUUAUAGGUCCCACGCUUCCUGCACGUGUUUUAUUAUUCUUUAGCUACAUUGAUAUUUUCUUUCACUAAUUUCUCCAACACAUUAUUCAUAUUAUUACAGAAUAUUAGAGUGUAAUACAUCAUCA